UCUUCUUCUUCAUCUUCAUCACUCACUCAAUCCCUGCUUCCAUUUCCAUCACCAAAAAUGGCAGCCGAGAUGAUGUCAUUAGGAGGUCUAGUAAAACCCAUAACAGAUUUCAACUCAAGAUCCCGUUUUGGCAGCAUUAAUCCCUACAAAUUCAAACCCUUUUCCAGAAAUUUCAGUACAAUCACCAUGUCUGCUGCCACCACCACCGGCGAGUCAUCAACGAAGUCGCCGAAGAAGAAAAUUGCAGGGAAGAAAGAAAUUAACGAAUCAUUGCUGACUCCCAGGUUCUACACUACAGAUUUCGAAGAGAUGGAAAUGCUGUUCAAUGUUGAGAUAAACAAAAACCUAAACGAAGCUGAAUUCGAAGCUCUGUUACAGGAAUUCAAAACUGAUUAUAAUCAAACCCAUUUUGUUCGAAACAAAGAGUUUAAGGAAGCCGCCGACAACAUGCAAGGACCUCUCCGACAGAUCUUUGUUGAGUUUCUUGAACGUUCAUGCACUGCCGAAUUCUCUGGUUUCCUUCUCUACAAAGAACUUGGAAGAAGACUUAAGAAAACUAAUCCAGUUGUGGCUGAGAUUUUCUCUUUAAUGUCUAGAGAUGAAGCUAGACAUGCUGGAUUCUUGAACAAAGGGUUGUCUGAUUUCAAUUUGGCUUUGGAUUUGGGGUUUCUUACCAAGGCAAGAAAGUAUACAUUUUUCAAGCCAAAGUUCAUCUUCUAUGCUACAUAUUUGUCUGAGAAGAUAGGAUAUUGGAGAUACAUAACAAUUUAUCGUCACCUAAAAGAGAACCCAGAAUACCAAUGUUAUCCAAUCUUCAAGUAUUUUGAGAAUUGGUGUCAAGAUGAGAACCGCCAUGGAGAUUUCUUCUCAGCUCUUCUUAAAGCACAGCCUCAAUUCCUUAAUGAUUGGAAAGCUAAGCUUUGGUCAAGAUUCUUUUGCUUAUCGGUGUACGUGACGAUGUAUCUAAACGACUGUCAACGCAAUGAUUUCUACGAAGGAAUUGGUUUAAACACAAAGGAGUUCGAUAUGCAUGUAAUCAUUGAGACUAAUCGGACAUCUGCGAGGAUAUUCCCAGCGGUAUUGGAUGUUGAGAAUCCAGAAUUCAAGAGGAAGUUGGAUAGGAUGGUGGCGAUCAACGAGAAGUUGUUGGCUAUCGGUCAAACAGACGACAUUCCAUUGAUUCAGAACCUGAAGAGGGUUCCACUAGUUGCUGCACUUGUUUCUGAAAUUGUGGCUGCUUAUCUAAUGCCCCCGGUUGAGUCUGGAUCAGUUGAUUUGGCCGAGUUUGAACCACAACUAGUCUACUGAAGAUAUCAAACUCCUUUCUUGAUUAUCUUUUGUUUUCGAUUUGUUAUAGCUCGGAAUUAUAACUUUUGUUGUUCAUGUUGAACUAAGAAUGACUCAAUCUGGCUGUUUUUUUAUAAUAAUAUGUAAUAUGUAUGCCUCUUGAGAUGCUA